GAUCGAACCCCUCCCAGUUACUCCCGUGGUUCUCGCCACUAACAUCAGACAACAAUCUCCAAAUAUGUGCGAGCUCACUUGAAAUAACAACCGAGAGCGUCACAUCAUAUAUGUUGAAUGAUUCCCCGAGGAUGUGAGAGUCACGGAUGCAGCGAUCGAUGAGUGUUUCUGUCGCAGGCUCAAACAGACGAUGAGAGUUGACGAGACCCACGCAUCCUGGUGACGACGACGCGGUCCCGCUAUGGGGCUCCCGUGAACGGCCCUGGCGUCGAGUAUGUUGACUGCCUGUCAGCAUGACGCCGUUGGACCUGUGGCUUUCGCGCUCCAUCCCCAUGUGUCUGCUCCUGCAAAGCCUGGUGCUCAUGGUCCUGUGCUUUCCGUCUGCCAGCACCUGUCCCAAGGGUUGCACCUGCCAGCGGUCCGAAAGCCCUCCGCACGGCCUCAACGUCACCUGUAGUCUCUCACGCUUGAAGGAGAUCCCGCCUGACGUCCCGCCGGAAACCCAGCUUCUGCAACUCGACAGGAACCACAUAUCUCUGGUGCCCGAUCGCAUAUUUCACGGUUUGAGGAUGCUUCGGAGGCUCAAUCUAUCUCACAAUGCCGUGGAAACCCUCGGCGAGGGGGCGUUCGUCGGUUUAGAGGGAUCUCUUGAAGUGCUGGACUUGUCUCAUAACCGCAUCACUAGCGUCCACAAGGAGGCGUUCGCGCGGUUGAAGGCGCGCGUGGUGGUGGACAACAACCCUUGGCAUUGCGACUGCGCCUUACAGCAAGCGUUGGGCGGCAUGGCGCACAACCACGAGGCCGCCACGCACGUGUUGUGCCGUAGUUCGGAGCUGAGAGACCAGGAGGGCCAGCCGUUCCUGGCCGUGGACGCGGACUUGUGCAACCUAGCCAAGCGGACCACCGACUACGCCAUGUUGGUGACCAUGUUUGGCUGGUUCGCAAUGGUUAUCUCUUACGUUGUGUACUAUGUACGGCAGAACCAAGAAGACGCCAGACGACACCUCGAGUACUUAAAAUCGCUUCCCAGCAAGCCCAAGAAGCCGGACGAACCGGAGGACAUCAGCACGGUCGUGUGAUGGCGAUACCAGAGAGUAAAGGCACGUUCACACCAAGGACGAUAAUCUUUCCUGAUUCUAUAGUGAAAUCCACACUACGACUAUAACGAUAACAACACAGAAGAAAGAUAUCGGUUAGGGAUGCGCGAUAUAUCGGCCGCCAUAUCGGUAUCGGCCGAUAAAUGCACAUUUGUAAUGCUAUCGCUAUUGACCCCUAAACAAAUUUGGUCAUAAUUAUGUGUUGGGACAUGGAUUUUAAUGAUGAGACUUUUUUUUUUUUUUAAUCAGGCUCUCAAAAAUUAUAUAAAAAUAUAGAUUUAGAGUUAUCGGCCACCAUAUCGGUAUCGGCCGAUAAAUGCUAAUUUUUAAUGCUAUCGUUAUCGACCCCUUAACAAAUUUGGUCCGAUAUGUUAAAGCUGAUUUAAUGGAUUAUUUCCUUCAGCUGAGACACUUCAGAUGUGCACUGUUCGCCACGAUGGUUUUAAAUUGCUUGAAAUAGGAUUGGAAACACUUCAGUGCAACACAAGUCCGUCUUAUCGGAUACAUAAAACAUGAGAAUAUUAUAAUUAUGUGUUGGGACAUGGAUUUUAAUGGUGAGACUUGUUUUUUUUAAUCAGGCUCUCAAAAAUUAUAUAAAAAUAUAGAUUUAG